CGAAUGGGAGCAACAUAACUCUCCCAUUCACCAUUAACUUUAGCGUUGUGCUCAUGCUGAAAGCAAGGGGGCGCAACAUAAACCUUCGAAGGGCUUGUAAUAAUCUGGCAUCAAAAGGAUUUUAAAAACUGAAAGAUGAGCUCAGCCUCACCCUGUGCAAACAAGCUGUAACUGGUAUGGUGAAUUUCUAGUUACAGAGACUUUCACUUUCAUAUCUCUCUGGCUGUCAGCGAUGGCGUCUGCCGAUUCAAGAGCCGAACUGCAAUGUUCUGUCUGUCUGAACAUUUAUACCGAUCCUGUAACCCUGAGAUGUGGUCACAACUUCUGCCGGGUCUGUAUUGAUCGUGUGCUGGAUACACCGGAGGGGUCUGGAGGAUAUUCCUGUCCUGAAUGCAGAGAGAAGUUUCCGGAUCGUCCUGCACUGCAGAGGAACAUGAAACUACGUAACAUAGCAGAGACUUUCCUGUCUGCUCAGCCAAAACAGGAGGAGUUUGGGAUCUCCUGUACUCACUGUGUGGACUCUCCUGUACCUGCUGUUAGAUCCUGUCUACACUGUGAGGUUUCUCUGUGUGAUAAACACCUGAGCGUCCACAAAACCUCACCACCGCACAUCUUAACUGACCCCACCUUGUCCAUGGAGAGCAGGAAAUGCUCCGUCCAUAAGAGGAUCCUGGAGUAUUACUGCACUGAGGAUGAGACCUGUGUCUGUGUGUCUUGUUCUAUGAUUGGAGCACAUAAAGGACAUGAAAUAAAGUCAUUGGAUGAGGCUUCUGAGAAGAAGAAGGAAAUACUGAGGAAUAUUCUGCAGAAUCUUCUAACAAAGAGAGAGGAGACAGAGGAAAGAGUCCAGAGUCUGCAAGAACACAAGAGGAACAUUGAAGGAAAAGCAUCUGGUGACACCGAGAGAGUCACUGUCCUGUUUAAAGAUCUAAGGAGACGUCUGGAAGAGCUGGAGAAGAAAGUUCUGGGUGAGAUCUAUGGGCGGGCACAGCAGGUUUCCCGCUAUAUGGUGGAUAUGAUUCGGGAUCUGGAAAUAAAGAAGGAGGAGCUGUCCAGGAAGAUGCGUCACAUUGAGGAGCUGUGUAACAUGACGGAUUUGUGUGAUACUGAGGAUGGAGAUAAUGAGGACAGAGAGAGACAUGAGAAGCUCCUCCAUGAUGGAGGGGGUCUGGGUGUGGCGGGGGUCUUACACACAGGUUUAUCUGAUAUAAUAACAGAGGUAAAUGUAUACUUCCCUAUACAGGGAGCUGCAGACAUAUUACUGGAUGUAAACACAGCUAAUAAUGAUCUCUAUAUAUCAGAUGACCGGAAAACUGUAUCCAUGUCAGAUGUAGACCAGAAUCGCCCAAAAACACCAGAGAGAUUUCAGGAUUAUUCUCAGGUGAUGAGCGGUCAGAGUUUCUCCUCAGGGAGACAUUACUGGGAAGUAGAUGUCGGGGGGUCAGGGGGGUCAGAUAAAUGGAUAGUCGGGAUGUGUUACCCCAGUAUAGAGAGGAGAGGAUUGCAGUCAGUGUUUGGAUAUAAUAACAAGUCCUGGGGAUUGUAUAGGGAUGGUAAUCAGCAUUUUGUGAUACAUAGAAGAAAUAAGAUCCUCUUACCCACCAAUCCCUCCAGUAACAGAGUCAGGAUAUAUCUGGAUUACGAAGGCGGGCGGAUCUCCUUUUAUGAUCUGUGUGACCCGUUCCGACAUGUCUACACCUUCACCACCACCUUCACUGAGCCCCUUCAUGCUGGAUUAUGUUUAUGGGAAGGUUAUUUAAAGAUAUGUAGGGGUUAAUGGUAGAGAUUAGCUGAAAUGCCCUGGGUUUGGUUCAAGCAGCAAACUUCGAAGUAGUUUGGAAUCCAAACCUGAACCCCACUGAAAUCAAAACCAAUCUGUAAAAUAAAAAUAAAAAUUCUCAGAAAAUAGGCAAGGGGGUAUCAAAAAAAGAGCAAAAGGGGUGGGCACUCCCCUGGGUAACAAAAAUCAAUGCAAAAAAAAAAAAUCCAUUUGGCCAGGAGCAGUACCUUCCACCUUGCUUGAGGUGAUUGUAGCCAUAUUAGUGCACAUGCAACAGAAACAAUUGAGUACCGUCCACGAUACCCAUCUCACUAACUAUUCUAGUUUAAUUACAAUUGCUGUGUACAUUUGUUGUUUUGCUUUUUUUUUUUUUUUUCCCAGAGAUUGUCUUUUUCUAACAUUCUGCUAAAACUUUGUGAAUUAGUACUGCUUGGACCUUGAAGAAGGGCACCCAAAAGCUUGUCUUGAAAAAUUGUAAUAGAAAUAAAAAUUGUCUGAUAUCACGGACAGAACUCAAUUGUUUCUGUCAGGAGCACUGAUUUUUAAAAUGCUUAAAAGACAGGGGGAGAAGCAUGUACUCCUCUU